AUGGGUUGUGGAAAAUCAAAACAUGAUGUAGCUUCAGGAAACACCACCACCCUCCAUCGCAAAAAAUCAAGUGUCACCUUCAAAGAAGAACAAGAAAGUAAGACACAGACAAGUGACGUAAACAACAAUGUUGACAAUAAUGUAAGUUCAGUUGUGGAAAUGGAAGAGAAGGAAAAUGAAGUUGGCGUUGAAGAAGGUGAUAAGGAAGAAGUUAAUGAUGUUGAAGAUGAAGUUAUCAAUGUUAAAGACGAAGAGAAGACAAAUGAUGAAGAAAAGAAGGAGGAUGAUGUUGUAGAGGGAACUUUCGAUGAAGUUGAGAAAAAUGAUGAUACAUUGAUAGAGAAUAAUGAUGAGAAAAUCAAUUAUGUUGAAGAAAUUGUCGCUAACAAUUUGAAAAAUGUAAAUGCAGAGGAAGAUGUUUUGCCUACAGAAGAAGUUAUAGAAGACACAAAUGUUUCGACCACCGAAGCUAAAGGUGAAAAUAAUUAA